AACGAACGUGUGAGAAAAUUCUGAUCCACUCAAAGGGAACCAGACCCCCCCACCCACAAGGCCACAACGUACCAAAAUUGAACCAAAUUUUAAAAAUUUUGGCUAAAUAUCAAAAGAAUGGCUACUCUUUGUCUGUGUUCAUCUUCUUCAGUUAAACCCACUUUGAUUCAUUCUUUCCCAGCAAAUGCAAAUCUAUCAUCACAACAACUACUACUUUCUAAUUCUCCCAGAAAAAGAGCAUUAUUCAAUAAUUUACCUGUCAAUUAUGUACCAGAAUCAUUGAAAUGGAGGACAAGGGUUUCCUUCUUUCCGUUCUUCUCGACAAAAAGCAAAGACACUGAGAGCCUUAAGUUGGAGCUUCUCGAAGCAAUAGCACCUCUUGAUCGCGGUGCUGAGGCAACUCCUGAAGACCAAAAGCUUGUUGAUCAGAUUGCAAGUAAACUUGAGGCAGCUAAUAAAGUGAAGGAGCCCCUGAAGUCAAGCUUAUUGAAUGGAAAAUGGGAGCUCUUGUACACCACAUCUCAAUCAAUUCUGCAGACCAAGAGGCCCAAAUUCUUGAGAGCCAAUGGAAAAAUUUACCAGGCUAUCAAUGCAGAUACAUUGAGGGCUCAGAAUAUUGAAACAUGGCCAUUUUUCAAUCAGGCCACUGCCGAUUUAGUUCCUCUUAAUGCACGGAGAGUUGCUGUAAAAUUUGACUCUUUCAAGAUAGCUAGUGUGAUACCCAUAAAAAGCCGUGGAAGUGGUCGUGGUCAACUUGAAAUCACAUACCUGGAUGAAGAACUAAGGAUAUCAAGGGGCAACCAAGGAAACCUGUUUAUUCUAAGAAUGGUGGAUCCAUCAUAUAGAGUCCCUAAUUAGGGCAUGGUUCCUGUGGAUAGUGAUUGUCUCAUUCGCUAUUAGACCAUUUCAGUUGGAUUGCAGUGUUAGAAGUAGUUCUCCGAAGUAUUUCAGCUCAAUGCUGGAAACAUGAUAUACAUCUGAACUGUACAAGCUUCAGCAAAUCUCCGGUCAGCAAUUAUAGAGAUAUGCUUAAUGCUACAAAUAUCAGCAUAGUCCAAGCGAGCUUGCUUGGCGUCUUUACAGGGCUAUGAUCGGCCAUCAUAAUAGCAAAUAAACAUAUUCCUUGUAGUUAGAUCAAGCAAGAAGUUUUGGAACGAUAUCUACUAAAAACACUAUUAGGGAUUUAAUUUCAAUCCUUCCUUUAUUUUCUUUCUAUUGAAUAUGAUUUAACACUCUUAUUACGUA